AUUGCACUUUAGUUUAUUCUGUCACCGUGACUAGUAAAAAUAGUAUAGCAGGUCGCGUAACUUUGGUUUUUAACACAUAUCUUCACUCAACGAUACAAUCUGCAAACCGAUGAAUUUGAUCGAUUCAUCUUCUAUUUUGUAGAUAAAGAGAAUAAAUUUGUUUAUAAACACGAGCUGUCAAAAUGGCAUUUAUUACGCCCUACUGGGACUUAGACGGCAUGAUAGCUUUAACGGCUCUCAUCGUAGCCGCCUAUUUUUACAUGACUCGCAAAUUCAACUACUGGAAGAGACGAGGCGUUUUACAAAUAAAUUCGCCGAUGCCGUUCUUGGGCAAUUUCACUGAAUGCGCGUUGUUAAAGAAAUCUCCUGGCUAUCUCAUGAAGAAUUUCUAUGAUCAGGCAAAGAGACUACCUUACAUCGGCUUCUACGUUUUAGACAAACCCUUUCUCUUAAUUCGCGAUCGAGAAAUCAUCAAAAAUAUCUUAGUAAAGGACUUUAAUUACUUUGCUGAUCGACACGGUUCUCCUGAUCCAAAUGAUCGUUUGGGUUAUGCUAAUCUCUUCUUCCUAAAAAAUCCAGCCUGGAAGAUGUUACGAACAAAGUUGACCCCGAUCUUUACGUCUGGCAAGUUGAAGAAAAUGUUCGAGUUGAUGCUUGAAUGCGCUGAGAAUUUAGACAUGCAUCUAAAAUCUUUGAGGGUGGACGAUGCAAAAAAGGAGAUAGACGUGAAAGACUUAACCGCUAAAUUCGCUACGGACAUGAUCGGUUGCACCGCAUACGGACUCAAUGUAAAUUCGUUGAAUAAUCCGAACGCCGAAUUCCGAAAGUAUGGUAAAAUAAUCUUCGAGUGCAGCUACGUCCGCGGUUUUGAGAUAUUGGCGAUGUUCUUCUUUCCACAUAUAGUUCGUUUGGCUGGUAUAAAGACGUUCGGCAGAGAAUCCAGUAGAUUCCUACGUAAAGUCUUCUGGGAGACAAUAAAUCAACGCUUGGAGUCUGGUGUGAAGAAAAAUGAUCUUAUAGAUAUUCUUAUCGAACUGAAAAACAGUGAUCAGAAUAUCGAAGGAUUCAAUUUUGACGGUGACGAUCUAGUAGCGCAAGCAGCUAUUUUUUUUACCGGCGGUUUUGAAACCUCUUCUACGGCUAUGACUUUUACUUUAUAUGAACUCGCGAUACAACCAGAGAUUCAAAAUAAACUUAGGAAAGAAAUUCUUGACGCUCUCAACAAAGCUAAUGACAGUAUCACAUAUGACAUGGUAAUGUCGCUACCAUAUCUGGAUAUGGUGGUGUCCGAAACAUUGAGGUUAUAUCCGACGUUACCCUUCUUGGAGCGCAUAACAACAGAGACCUACAAGAUGCCGAAUUCCGAUCUGGUUCUCGAAAAAGGUACGCCGAUUUAUAUAUCGAUGCUCGGCAUGCAUUACGAUUCGGAAUACUUUCCCAAUCCGAAGAAAUACAAUCCAGAACGAUUCAGCGAAGAGAACAAACGUAAUAUAUCGUCAGGCGCCUAUUUCCCAUUCGGCGAAGGCCCGCGCCAAUGCAUAGGUACUCGUUUGGGAUUAUUGCAAACAAAACUUGGGAUUAUUAAAAUUUUGAGCAAAUACGAAGUGACGCCAUGCGAAAGGACUUUGAUACCAAUGGUAAUUGAUCCAAAAGCUCCUACGACAACACCAUUAAGUGGCGGUCUGUACCUGAACAUCCAGAAAAUUAAUAACGCUAAUUAAAAUUUGAUGAGAGUUAUUACUUUCAAGCUACAAGAUGUACACGAUUCGACUAAUGCUCAGUAAAAUUUUCUUUAAUAGGAGAACGCGAUUCGAUGAACGCGUUAAUUUAUAAGACUUAAGAUUAUCAGAAUAUAUUUAUUAGAAAAUAUAAAACUAUAUUUAAAAAUAUAAAAGAUGUAAAUGAUAUUUAACACUAAGCCCUCAUCAUCAUGAUUCUUUAAUCAUUAAAAUAUAUUCCUUUAAAAAAGA